GACACGUUGAUUUCAUUGUCUGAGGCGGCAGUGGAGACCCAGGAAAAAUCUCGCGGAAUCCGCCUGCUCUGGCCCUGGGCUCAUCUUGGAUCCUCUGAUCUCUUCCGUGACCGCACCACGCCCGAGAUGAAUCUACGUUCUGUAUUUACUGUAGAACAACAAAGGAUUUUACAGCGUUAUUAUGAAAAUGGAAUGACAAAUCAAAGUAAAAAUUGCUUUCAGCUCAUAUUACAGUGUGCACAGGAGACUAAGCUGGACUUCAGUGUAGUCAGGACGUGGGUUGGCAAUAAGCGGAGGAAAAUGAGUAGUAAGAACUCUGAAUCAGGAACAGCAGGAACUAUUUCUGCUACCUCAUUGGCAGUUCCAGACAUUACUGUCAGAAAUGUGGUUAAUAUUGCCAGGCCUUCAAGCCAGCAAUCUUCUUGGACUUCUGCCAAUAAUGAUGUCAUUGUAACUGGUAUAUACAGUCCAGCAAACUCAUCAAAUAAGCAAGGGACAACAAAGCAUACAAAUACACAAAUUACAGAAGUACAUAAAAUUCCUAUUCAGAAACCAGCCAGUAAAAAUGACACUGAAUUUCAAUUGCACAUUCCUGUUCAAAGACAAGUAGCACACUGCAAAAAUGCUUCUGUGCUCCUAGGGGAAAAGACAAUUAUUUUGUCAAGACAGACAAGUGUACUAAAUGCUGGAAACUCAGUGUACAAUCACACAAAGAAAACCUAUGGAAGUUCUCCGGUGCAAGCUUCUGAAAUGACAGUACCUCCAAAGCCAUCUGUGUGCCACCAACCUUGCAAAAUUGAACCAGUUGGUAUUCAAAGGUCAUACAAACCUGAACAUGCAAGUCUGGCAUCACAUAACUUAUGUGCACAAAAGCCAACCAUUAGAGACCCUUACUGUAGAACACAAAACUUGGAAAUUCGUGAAGUGUUUUCAUUGGCAGUCAGUGAUUACCCUCAGAGAAUUCUGGGAGGAAAUAACACAAAGAAGCCUGGCUCAGCAGAAGGAACUUCUUUGUCCAUUGCAAUGGAGACUGGAGAUGCAGAAGAUGAAUAUGCCAGAGAAGAAGAGUUGGCAUCAAUGGGAGCACAGAUAACAAGCUACUCAAGGUUUUAUGAAAGUGGCAAUUCCCUUCAAGCUGAGAACCAAAGUACAACUUUACAUAGACCAGGAAGAAACCUACCAAAUUCACAAAUGGUGAAUAUUAGAGAUUUGUCAGACAAUGUACUGUAUCAAAAUAGAGACUACCAUUUGACACCACGGACCUCAUUGCAUACAGCAUCUAGUAUGUACAGUAAUACUAAUCCAUCACGGAGUAAUUGUUCUCCACAUUUUGUAUCAUCAAACCAAUUGAGGUUAUCACAAAACCAAAACAAUUACCAGAUUUCAGGAAACCUUACUGUGCCUUGGAUUACAGGGUGUUCUAGGAAAAGAGCACUACAGGACCGCACUCAGUUCAGUGACCAAGACUUGGCUACCCUUAAGAAGUACUGGGAUAAUGGUAUGACCAGCCUAGGCUCUGUAUGUAGAGAGAAGAUUGAAGCUGUUGCAACUGAAUUAAAUGUCGACUGUGAAAUAGUUCGGACUUGGAUUGGGAAUCGAAGAAGAAAAUACCGUUUAAUGGGAAUUGAAGUUCCACCUCCAAGAGGAGGCCCUGCUGAUUUCUUUGAGCAGCCUGAGUCUGGUUCUUUGUCUGCACUCACACCAGGAGAGGAAGCUGGGCCUGAAGUAGGAGAGGAUAAUGACAGAAAUGAUGAAGUGUCCAUCUGUUUGUCUGAAGCAAGCACUCAAGAGGAGUCAAAUGAAGUUAUUCCAAAUGAGACCAGGGCACAUAAGGAUGAAGAGCACCAGACAGUAUCCGCAGAUAAUGUGAAAAUAGAAAUUAUAGAAGAAGAAAGUGACAUGAUUAGCAAUUCAGAGGCAGAACAAGUGAAUUCUCUCCUGGACUACAAGAACGAAGAAGUCAGAUUCAUUGAAAAUGAGCUAGAACUUCAAAAGCAAAAGUACUUUAAGCUCCAGACUUUUGUUAGAAACUUGAUUAUGGCUAUGAAAGCUGAUGAUAAGGAACAACAGCAGGCACUGCUGUCAGAUUUACCUCCUGAAUUAGAAGAGAUGGAUUUCAGUCAUGCCUCACCGGAUCCGGAUGAUGCUUCAUUCAGUGUUUCUUCUUAUUCAGAGAAAAAUGCCUCAGAUAGUUUGUGAUUGGGGAUGGGGGAUAUGAUGUAGUCUGUUGGUUGUCUAAAAGGUAUACAUUUCAAGAUAACUGUAUUUUGUUUCCACAAUAGUCUUCAACUGGAAAACUCAUUGUUAAAAACAGACAUAUGCUGUGAAGGAAUGACAAGACAUAAUGGCUCCAAAAAAAAAAAAAAAAAAAAGCACGGAAAAAUACUUUAAAUGUUUUUUUAAACUUAUAUAUAAUCCUAGAAAAAAUAUAUUUAAUUUUGAUCAACUCAGCUAUGAAAUCUAUUAUAUCUUAUUUCUGAAAGAUUUUUGCUUAUUCUUUUAAAAGAAUCUUAGUAAUAUUAACCAGAGACAUAAAAAUAAGCAUAUUUCAACAUUACUUAGUUGAUCAAGCUUGAUUAGUCUUAUUUUUAUAGCCAUUACAUCUUUCUUCCUCUUUCGUUUUCUUAUACUUCUUGUACAUUUUUACUCAGGAAAUCAGGCUAAAGUUAAAAACAAACCUAAACAUAUAUUUAAGCUGAAUGAAUCCCUGGGAUUUAUUUUUCAGCUCCUAUGAGAAUUUUAUCUCAGAUAAUGAUUGAAAAUUGAAAUGAUUACUAGGAUGUAAUUGUAAGUUAUUGGUAUCCUUCUGUCUAAGCUUAUCACUGGGGAGACUAGAAAAUCUUCUGGAAAGUCAAUUCACCAAUAAAAAUUCAAAACAUUGAAGUAUACAAAAACAGUACUUUAUAAAAGAUAGUUAUAAUUUCAGUUCUUAUAUACUAUGAGUGACCAUUAUUGAGUCACAUUCUGCUAUAUAGUAAAAUUACAUAAUUGAGUUGGACAAAAUAUUGCACAAGUACUUCAAGUUUACCAACAUUUUCAUAUUUUUCACGUCUUAAAUUUUGUGAAACAAGAAAUCAAAGUAUGCCACUGAUAUUUGGAUUUUCUAAAAUUCUAAUCAUACAACUUUGCCACAAAUUUACCUCAUUUCCAUGUGAAGCCUGCACAGAGCCAUCCACCAACAAUAAUAUCACGCAGAGUUAUACUACUUUGAGCUAUACAACUUUGGUUAUAAGCCCUCUGAAUUUCCUGGAUGCUAUUCUAUGAAUACACACCUUAAAUGGACAUGGUACCCAGUUGUUACCAUUUUGAGGUACCAGAUGGCAGCACACUAUAGACAUGUCUUUGCAGGUCUUCUCUUCUGGAAUACCAGAUGGUAUUACUAAGAUUCGUAGAUGGGAAAAUACUAGUUCCUCCAUAAGCUCACAAUAUCAUAUAUUUGUGAGUAGGUUGUUUGGAGCUAUAUUACAUGAUUACAUUAUAAUGUAAUCCUGAAAGAUGCAUGAAGCAGCUAGAAAACUGUUUUUUUUAGUUGUCAAGUUUCAAAUAUUUUUAAGUUUUUUAACUGCAGCUAUUCUGAUCUCAGAAUUCACUGAUACCAAUUUAUGAAUGUAGAAAGGCAGUCACAAAUACCUUUAACUUAGAAUUGUCCCUUCUCCUCGAUACGUACAAGUAAAGUUCAUUGAUGAUCAUUCAGUUUAUCAACUGUUUAAUUUUUAUACUGCUGCCUCACGACUUCUAUGGCAUCGUUGUCAGCAGAAAUAUUUCAGUAGUCAGCUACAUGCCCUUUAGCUAAGAGUCAUGUGGUUCUUUGCAAACAACCUUUGGUAUUCCUUACUAACAAAUCAAAUUCCAUUCAGGGAAAAGACCAUUGAGCAACAGAAUCUCAAACAUUCAGAUUAAGUUUUUCAGUCAUAUAAAUUUCUCCAUGAAAAAAAAGAAUUCCAAAUAUGCACAACAAAAUUUUUAUGAUAUAGAGGAUUAACACAAAUUCUCUUGUAGCCCAGGUUGGCCUUUAAUUUCCAGUGUAUCUGAGGAUGAUCUUGAUCCCUGCUGCUCCUGCCUUUGUUUCCCAAAUGCGGGGAUGACAUAAGUGCUCCACCAUACCUAUCGACCUUUUCUUUUAGUAUGAGCAAACUUCUAGUCUCGAGUCUCUUGUAGAGAGUUUAGUAUCAUUGAGUUCCUGUGUAAACGUAAACUGCUUCAGUUUAAGACUCUCCAUAGUUGGUUUUCACUGCAGAGUAAGUGUUUUAACACUCAGAAUUUUUUAUCACACUUUAGAAAUUUGUCAUUAAAUAAAAGUAUCAUGGAGCUCUUUCUAUAGGAAACAUGCUGUGCCAGACAGUGGAUUUCUUAACAAUUUACAGACUAUGAAAAUAAUUAUUUCAGCUGGGUAUUAUGGCACACACUGAUAACUCCAGCACUGGGUAGACUGAAGAAAAUUGGACUUGGGAAAAUUUCAAAACAAAAAGAAAUGUUUUCUGUAACCUUUUCAUGUCUAUUAAUAAAAGUUUCACAACUAGCAGUUGUAAUUGAUUUAAGGAUUCUAAUAGACAUGAUUCUGAAAAAAAUCUUACAUCUGUAAUUUUGGGAGGACACAUAAACUGUUCCCUUAUUUCUAUGUAAAGUUUCAUUAAAAUAGAAGCUAUAUGUCCUAACAGUCUGCUUUGGACUACUUUUAUCCUGGCAUUUUCUUCCAGCCACAGAAUUAUAUCUUUUAUGAGCAUAGGAAUUAAAAUAUUUAAAAAUAUUAAAUGAGGAUGUUCUAUUGCCAGACCCAAAGGAAAUAACUGUAUAAAUGCAAAAACAUCAUCUUAGCAGAUUGAAAAUAUAGCAAUAACCUUGAAGUCAACAUCAAGUAUUUUAAAAUGAUUAUAAAACUACUGGGACACUAGCUUAGCACUUACACAAGGCCCCAGGUUUAAUCCCAAUUAUUUCAGGAGGAAAAACAGGAUACUACUAUAAUGGAAACAUAUUUUCACACAUAUGUAGUAGAUUUGUUUUGAGAUAUUUUUUUAAACAAGAGCGAUGACAGCUUCUGACUGCUUUCAUGAAAAUAUUUGUGGCCGAUAGUGAAAAUCAACUAACUAAUAUUUCUUUCUUUAAGGCUUUGACAACAUUAAAACAUAUUACACUAUCAGAAGUAUUACUAGAGAAGCAGAAGUAAAUAGGGAAUUUUUUUUUCUUAACUACAUUUAGAUGUUUACUUUAAUUUAGGAUACGAAGCAAUUUUUAAACAUAUAAUGUUUAGCAUAUAAUGUUUAUCUGAGAACACUUUAUCCUCUAAAAUGUGAGUUAAAAACAAAACCCUGAAACCACAAUAACAACAAAAAGAAGGCACCUUCCUCAUUCAGCCAAGCUAAAAUUGGUUACAAGAUAAUGAGAAUUGCAGUUGUCCUGGCAGGGAAAAGAGUUGCUGUGGAAAAUUAACACAUGCAAAGGAAAUGUUAAAGGAAAAUUGGCCUGUUUAAGGAGCGUGGAGAUGUUUUUGUUGUAAGGUCAGCUAUCAACAGAACUUUUACAUUGCAACUGUAAUCAGUGAUAGAAAGAUUUGUUUCUAUUGGAGAAAAAAGGCCCUGGCCCAGUCACAUCCUGUGUUCAGUGUACUGUUAAUAUCGAGACCUCAAAAGGUGUGGAAGAGCUAAUUUCUGCAAAGGCAAACACCUUCUUUUUGGGCCCUUAUAUUAGUCAGUCUUAGCAGUUUGUAAGAGAAAAGUUAAGGGUGAAUAUGAACAAACAAUGGAUGAUAAAAGUGUCUUUGUUUCCCUUUUGUGGAGGAGUAUUCAACACCACUUCUUAGUCUGAUUGUUUAUACUUAAAUUUGAAAGAAAUCCUGAAAACUUUAACUGCUACCUUUUAUCCAUGUGGUAGUAAUGAAAUACCAGGAAUGUUGUGUCCUUUUAGAAUAUUUAAAUACCCCCAAUUUAAAAAAAAAGGUUUUGUUUUUUGAAGUGUCACCAGUGCCACCAUAUCUAAAUGGUGGCUAGAUUUCUUUUUGAAGUUGUGUUAACCUUGGCAGACAGCACUGUGCUAUGCCCUUCACCAACCUAUGCUUUGUAAUGCUCUAAUGAAAUAGCCUACUAACUUGUGAACCUACAGUUGACAUAAACAAGCCUUUAUUAACAACAGAUUUGCCAAGGGUCUGGAGAAGAAAGGGAUAUUUUCAUGCUAAUAUAAUUAUUAUUGUUCCAUUAAACUGUAUACUGGGUAUUUUAUUUUGCAUUAACUUACUAAGUGAUCCCUUUUAGCAAUCCUGCAUCCCAUUUUACUAGCACUACCUCUGAAGCAUAUUAUCUCUUUAAAACCAUAUCAGAUUGUAAUGUGAAUUUUUGUAGAGUUUUUAUUUAAACUUUUAUAGAGGCAAUAAAUGAUUUCCAACUAACAGACCUCUCUUUUAAAGUUCAU